AUGGGUGAUUUUAAUUGUGUGUUGCGUAAUGAUGAGAAAAAAGGAGGUCGUGAACCGCGGACUUCAGUCAUUAAUGAUUUUAGUGAUUGGAUGGAUGACAAUGAUCUCUUUGAAGCUGAUUUUUUGGGUUCUAAAUUUACUUGGGCUAAUGGGCAAUCUGGUGUUCGUAGAAUCCUUUGCAAGCUGGAUAGAGAUAUUAUCAAUGAAGCCUGGCUUAAUAAGUUUGAGAAUUGGAGGUGUAAAGCUCUUCCUCGUGAAGUUUCCGACCGUUCUUCUCUUAUUGGCUUUCCUUUUGCCAACCCAAGACCUAAAAGAGCUCAUUUUAGAGUGCGAAAGAUGUGGUUUUCUCAUCCUGAUUUCAUGUGCAUGGUUAUUGAGAGUUGGAAUGCUCCUGUUUCUGGCUCUCCCGCUUUUAUUUUUCCUUACAAGCUCAAAAGAUUAAAGGCUGCCAUGAAGGAGUGGAAUUUAAGGGUCUUUGGCAAUGUUUAUGCAAAGCUCAAACAAGCUAAGCUGACUAUGGAAGUUGCUCUUCGUAUUUCAGAUGAAGAUCCGGAAGACAUUUCUAAGCUCAAUUCUGCCAAAGCAGCUUCAGUUACUCUUCAGGAAAUUCGUGCUCAACAAUCCAUUUUGUUGAAGCAAAAGUCGAGAAACUUGUGGCUCACGGAUGUUGCUAGUAAUACUUCUUUUUUUCAUACCAAUAUUCGAACUCGCAUGAGCAGUAAUCUGAUUUCGGAAUUUGUGGAUGAGAAUGGGACUGUUCUAACUGAUUAUGAACAUAUUAGAGACCAUAUGGUUUCUUUUUUUGAGUCUAAGUUUAAUGGUGCUGAACUUCCCAUAGAUGAGGAGUUAUUUCAUUAUGAUCGUAAUAUUAUCUCUUCCGAAGAUAGUCAGAGAAUGGAUGAAAUAACUACUAUGAAGGAGAUAAAGACUGUUGUUUUUGAUCUUGGCACUGAUAGUGCCCCUGGCCCUGACGGUGUCUCUGGUUGUUUCUAUAGGCAUUGUUGGGAUGUGAUUCAACAAGACCUUUACAAAGUUAUUACCUUUUGCUGGCAAGAGAAAUUGAUUCCUCAAGGAAACAUGAAGAGUUUGCACAAUCUUCUUGCUUUACUUGGAAAAUAUCAAACAGCUUCGGGUCAAACUGUUUGCCAUCAAAAGAGUAAGGUUUAUUAUGGUGGUGGUUCUUUGAAUCGCUGCACUACCAUCACUAAUUUACUUGGUAUGGAAAUUUCUACUUUCUCGGACAGGUAUCUUGGUGUUCAAAUUAUGCCCGGUGCUGUUAAGUAUCGCCACAUUAGCAAUGUGAUUGAUAAAAUUAAGAAUCAACUUGCUGUUUGGAAGUAUAAAUUGCUCUCUUUUCAAGACAGAAUUGUUGUUAUUAAUUCAGUGAUUGUUAGUUAUUCUAUUCACAACAUGGAUGUGUAUAAGUGGCCUUUGAAGUUUAUUAAACAAGCUGAGCGUGUGAUUCGCAAUUUUCUUUGGUGUGGGGAUGCUGAGGUCUCAAGGAAGUUUGUUGUUGGUUUUUCUAAAGUUUGCUACCCUUUGAAUGAAGGUGGUUUAGGUAUUUCUAGUUUAGCAUUCAUAAACAAGGCGCUUCUCAUGAAAUUAUGGUGGAACAUUCGGUUGUCUAACAAAAAAUGGGCUCGUUUCUUAUGGGCGAAGUACACUUCUCGGCUAGGGAGACUUAAACAAUAUGGGGUGAAGUCUUCGAUUAUUCCAGGCAUUCGUUUAAUUCACUCCACUGUGGACAAAAAUACCAAAGUGCUUCUUGGUGAUGGGAGGCCUACCUCUCUUUGUUUUGAUGUUUGGUAUGGUAACGAAAGUAUUGCAGACAUACUUGGUGAAACUGACCUUGAUGGUUCCAUCAUGAUUAGUGAUAUUAUUGUUAACAAUAACUUGCAGUUGCAGGGCGCUCAUGUUCAACAGUUGGUGCGAGAUGGUGUGGACUUAACAAAUUUGACGGUGCAGCAAGGAGGGGAGGAUUGUAGAGUCUGGAUGCCAGAGAUGAAUGGAAAAUUCUCAGUCUCGUCUGCAAAACAUAUCCUAAGAAAGAAAUAUGCAGUUGUUGAAGUGUAUGGUCUUUUGUGGAGGAAAGCAAUACAUCCAAAGUUAGCUGCUCAGAAUUGGAAAAUCAGUAGAGAAGCUUGUGCAACUCAAGACAAAAUUAGGAGCAGAUUCAAGGUUGAUCUAGCCAACAGAUGUUACUUAUGCAAACAAGCUGAAGAGUCCUUAGAGCACGUAAUAUGGAGUUGUCCGUUUGCAGCACAAAUCUGGCAGUGGUGCUCAGGUUUGUUUAAACUCAGUCCACAUUAUGAUUUAGUGAAUUCGUACAAGGCAUCUAAAGGGAAAAGUCGCGUUAUAAAAGAUUUGUGGUUAUUGGCCAACAUGAUAAUUCGGUCGGAGCUGUGGCAGACAAGAAAUAUGGCCUGUUUUCAAAACGCGACAGUGAGUAUUCACUUCUUCAAACAGCGCACUUUCCAUUUGAUCCAUGGUUUCUCUAUUUGGUUGAAGAGUUUUAUGCAUAAUACCUCGGAAGAUCUGGAGAUUUUGAAUUGUUUUGGUGUGCGACAUAGACAGGUAAAGAUUAUACAACCAAUUGAGUGUUCUUGGGUUCCUCCUAACUGGGAUGAACUGUUAUUGUGUUGCGAUGGUGCUGCCAAAGGUAACCCUGGUAGAUCAAGAGCUGGUGUGGUAGUUCGAGAUGCUGGUUGCAAUUUCGUUGGAUCUAUGAGCAUUGGGCUAGGUCGAACUAAUAACUUCUUGGCAGAGCUUUUGGUGUGA